AGAAGGCUGCUAGGGGAGAAGGUUCUGGAAUCUCGGCUGCCUCACAGAGAACCAGCCUCCCUUCCCCCAACCCUGUGGGCUCUCUGUCCCAGGGACCAGGCUCUGCCUCCUUGGCAUGGGGGUGAAGAAGAGCCUUCAGACUGGAGGGAAUUUACUUAAUCUCUUGAGCAGCAUCCUCUCAGUACUGUCCACUACCACCAACUACUGGAUCCGACAACAAAAGGGGCACAGUGGCCUAUGGCAGGAGUGUACCCAUGGCAAAUGCUCCAACAUCCCUUGCCAGACCACCUUGGCAGUGUCCGCAGCGUGCAUGGUGUUGGCAGCAUCCUUCAGUAUUAUAGCUUUGGGAUUGGGGAUAAGGAUUCAGUGUCAAGAGGCCCAGUCAAGACGACGUAACCAGAAUACCAUUGUCUUACUUUUCCUCAGCGGGUUGCUGCUGAUAAUAGCCCUGGCCGUAUACACUUCGAAGAAUGCCUGGAAGCCAGAAGUCUUCUUCUCCUGGUCCUACUUUUUCGGAUGGCUGGCUUUACCCUUCUCGUUUAUUGCGGGCUUCUGCUUUCUGCUUGCCGACAUGAUCACGCAGAGCACCGAAGCCAUCAGCGGGUUCCCAGUAUGCCUGUGAAUGCGGCCUGCCUGGGGCAGAAUAAAGGAAUGGCUUUU